AAUCGUCUGAAAGAAAUGUUUCGCUUUCACAAGCCUUUUCGAAGAAAUUUGUGAAGCUCGCGUUCGCGGUAACUGUAACUCCUUCCAAUUAGUUACUCUUCGGGUUUUCUAUUUGUAAUAAAAGUCAUCCGAUCACCCGAUUUUCCCCCAGUUUCACUCCAAAUUUGGAGUAGGCGUAAAACCAAAGCUCCGUAUUUAAUAAUAAUUUCAAUGACACAAUCCCGAAUUACAAAACAAAGUUUCGUUUCGUCACCAAAAAAACGUAACAAUUAAAAGGAAUGACUCAAACCAGAUUUAGAUAGUUCUUAACACGACAACGUCACCCAGUGAUAAAACCGACACAUCUCAAUCCCAGGAACCGCAACAGGUAUAUACAUUUCUAAUUCCCCUUAAACUAAUCUAAUCUCCGAGACAAUACGUAUCACCUGAUACAAACUGUUAUUAUAGAGCUCGUAUUUGCAAAAGUCGUGUAAGCUCAAUUUGUUCGAAGCGAUACGCGCUAACAUUUGACCCCAGAAUUACAAAUUUAUGCUAGUUUCAAUCUAUAAACACAAGAGGUGACCUGCGCAACGAUGACACACAACCAUAUUUAUUUAUGAUGGCCUCCCGAAUUAUCUUGGUGCUGCUCGUGGUGCACGCCGCCGUCGCCAGCAACCCCUGCUGCCCCAGCGGCGACAACCGCAUCGCCAGGAAAAAAUGCGCCGACGGCUCGCCCGUACAACUCCCCUGCCCGUUCAAGUACCUCACGAAGAAGGAAGACGGGAUGACGGUGGACGUCGACGACGACCUGAUCAUAGCGUCAGCGCGCAUACCGCCAGAUCGGUACUGUGCCACCAAAUCCAACCAGACUGACUUGUUCGUGGUGUGCUUCAGCGAAGACGCGUUGGAAGGCAACAGCGCCUUCACGGUGUACGCCGUCCUGGAGCUCAUCUCCGUCGUCUUCAUCCUGUUGACUAUAUUCGUGUAUUCGCAAGUUCGCGAAGUGCUCGACCUUCAAGGAGUGUGUAUCGUGCAUUCGAUUUCUGGACUCGCGGUGUCUUUUCUUGUUUUGGCGGUGAAUCAGCUGAUGCCUUAUCGGAUAGAAAAGACGAAGUGCAUGACGGUGGCGUAUAUAAUUUAUUUUACGAUGUUGUACUCCUUCUUCUGGUUGAACGUGCUGGCUUUCCACAUUUGGAGGACCAUCGUCAAACCCAGCUUCUUCAGAAUCCACAAAUACUGGCCGUACAUCUACCACGGCUUCGGCUGCGGCGGCCCCGUCAUCCUCCUCAUCAUCCUCCUGAUCGCCCACUCGAUGCCGUUCUCCGACAUCCAUCCAGGUUUCGGCGAAACCAAGUGCUGGUUCAAAACAACUAAAACCCAGUUCGUCUACUUCUACGGUCCCAUGGCCGUCCUGCUCUGCCUCAACGUCAUCUACUACGGCUGGACCAUAGGGGUGCUGUGGCGGCGCUUCAGCCAAACCGACGAAAAGAAAGUCAAAGUCCUGAAAUAUCGGUUGCUGUUGUGCGUCAAACUGUUCUUCAUCAUGGGCAUUUCGUGGAUCUUCGAGCUCCUGUCGGCCGCGUUCCAAGAGGUCGAUCCCGUGUUGCAGACAAUAUGGUACGUAACGGACGGUCUCAACACCUUACAAGGGAUCUUGAUUUUCCUUAUUUUGGUGGUGUUGAGGAAACGGGUUAUCAGGGGCCUGGCGGACAGGAGCUUGUGCGGGGUGCGGCUGCCGAGCAGGUGGAGGGCGGCGGCGGACGACGAAUGCGAGGAAUUCGAAGAAGAACUCAACUUAUCCGAAACGCAGAUACAGAAGCUGUAGCUUCGAUUUAUUAUUAUUACUUGUUUUUAUUAUAUAAAACUCUGUGUAAUACAAUUUGUAUAUUUUUAA